AUGGGUGAAAAUGUUGACCCCGUUCUAGAUAAUGUUAUUGGUCGUAAUUUAAUUAAAAAAGGAAGGUAAAAAUAAAAAAGUAAUUGCCUAUAGAAAUUUAUAUAGGUAAUCAUUUUAUAAUUUCAAUUUUAGGGUUUUAAAAAUUGGUGAAAAAGAGAUUGACUACAAUCCUAAUUUCCGUCUUAUAUUGCACACGAAACUGUCAAAUCCACAUUACAAACCAGAAAUGCAAGCACAAACUACUCUAAUCAAUUUCUCAGUCAACCGUAAUCAACUUGAAGAUCAGUUAUUGGCGGAAGUAGUGAAAAUCGAACGCCCCGAUUUAGAAAGAAUGAGAAUUGAAUUGACAAAACAACAAAAUAGCUUUAAAAUAAUAUUGAAACAACUUGAAGAUGACUUACUACAGAGAUUGUCUUCAGCCGGUAGUGAAAUACUCGGUGACAAAGAACUUGUUCUGAAUCUCGAAAAGUCAAAAAGAACGGCUACGGAAAUCGAAAUAAAAGUCGCAGAGUCAAAAAUAACGUCAAAAGAAAUUGAUAGCGCCCGAGAAGAGUAUCGUAUUGCUGCAACAAGAGCAUCAAUAAUUUUCUUUAUAAUGAACGAUUUGAUCAAAAUAAGUCCAAUGUAUCAAUUUUCUCUAGGGGUAAUGUAUCAAAAAAAUUAAUCACUUAUUUAUAGUUAUUAGUGUUAUUGCUAAUUAAUAAUAUUUAUUUAUUUAUUCAAUUAAUUGUUCAUCAAGUUAUUAAUUAUAUACAUUUGAAUUUUAUUUUUCAAAUAAUUGUUUUAACUGAGUACUUUAUUAUUAAGUGGUAGAUUUACAGGAGAAAGGAGGGUUCUAGAGGGUCUAGACCCAGCCCCCAAAUACCGAUAAAAUGUCAUCUAAAAAAGAAGUAUUUAAUUAUGUAACGUAUCCCACCGUGUUCGACGGAUUUUUCUUGAGCUGUUAAUAUUCAAUUUUUUUCUGUCGAUUCUUCAUAAUAUUUUUCAGAACCCCCCCCCCCCCCCAGAAAAAUGUUUAAAAACCACCACUAUUUAAAUUAUAAUAAUUUUAUUAUUAAUUAUUUCCAUGUAUGAUUUUUAAGGCUUUUAGUGUUGUAUUCCAACGCUCCAUGAGAAAUGCAGAUAAAUCCGACACUUUAAAAGGACGAAUUAUUAAUUUAAUAGACAAUAUAACUUAUCAAACGUUUAUAUAUACAAGUCGAGGUUUAUUCGAAAAGGAUAAACUAAUAUUUAUUGUUCAAAUGACUAUUCAGGUACGAUUUAUAAUGUAUCUAUAAGUAUUAAUUUUACUUUAAUUUGUAUAAUGUUAUUUUAUUUUAUUAAUUUAUGAUAUAUUCAGAUACAAAUCCAAGCAAAACAAAUAAAUCCAGCUGAUUUAGAUUAUUUAUUGAGACGGCCAUCAAUUAUUGGGACUCAGGCUCCGUUUGAUUUUAUUUCAUCAGAUGCUUGGGGAGCUAUAAAGACACUUGUUUCGGUUGAUGAUGAAUACACGUAAAACAAUAAUUUUUUUAUAUAUAUACCUACACAUGCUUAAGAGUAAUUUAAUAAUAAGUAUACCUAUAAAUGUUUUUGAAGUGGAUUAGAUAAGGACAUAGAGUCGUUUCAUAAACGUUGGCAAAUAUAUAUUGAUAGCGAAGCUCCAGAAAAAGAAAUAAUGCCACAAGGGUGGAAAAAUAAAACUUCAUUCCAAAGACUUUGUGUAAUUAGAGCUUUAAGAACUGACCGAAUGACUUAUGCUGCAAAAGUUUACGUCCAGGAAGUUCUUGGAGCUAAAUAUACUAACUUUAGGCCACCAGAAUUUUCUGAAUCGUUCAAAGAAACUUCUUCAAAAACUCCUAUAUUUUUCAUAUUGUCAACUGGAGUCGAUCCAACACGUGUAAGUAUUAAUUAUUUAUCUAACAAAAUACAUUUUAAGUCUUGAAUAAAAAUAAUAAUUUGUUUAAAAACUAACAAUGUUUGUUAUUAAUAUGUCUAAUAUACUAAUUAGGGAUGGGCAUGAAAUCUGAACAUCCGCAUUAUUCGAAUAUCUUGAUAUUCGAAUCCGGGUUUAAAUCAAAUUCUUAUCCGGAUUUUUUGAAUUAUCCGGAUAUUAAGUUUUACUUUAGUUAUCUGACUAUAUUUCUAACAAUUAUAAGAUUGCCUGUUAUAAAACGAAUUCAGUGCAUUAUGUAAUCUACUAUAUAUAAGAUUUAUAAUGUAAUAAUAAAUUGUUCUCUUAUAUUUAUCAAAUAAAAAUUAUCGUCAAAUAUCGAAAAUAAUCAAGUGAUACUUUAUAAAGUUAUAACUAACAAAAUGUGUCGGAUAAUCUACGAAAUUCAAAUUUCUUAAAUUCGGAUAUGCCCAUCACUAAUACUAAUACUUAUAUUACUUAUUUGCCUUUUUCCUUUUUUCCCCCAUUAAUAAGUUAUCCUUAAUUAUUUUUUAGGAAGUUGAAGCUCUUGGAAUCAAAAAAGGAUUUACAAUCGAAAAAAAAACUUUCCAUAACAUAUCAUUGGGACAAGGACAAGAACCGGUGGCUGAAGAAGCAAUAGAGUUAAGUUCUCGAUUGGGUAAUUGGGUCAUGUUACAAGUAAAUAUGAAAUUAUACGAUAUCUCGCUGACUGGUGCAUUAUUUUUAACAAAUUGUGUUUUAAAAGAACGUGCAUUUAGUUAAAAAUUGGCUGCCAAUAUUGGAUAAAAAAAUGGAAGUAUCUUUUGAACAUCCACAUGAUAACUACAGAAUAUUCAUUAGUGCUGAACCGGCUGCUGACCCAGCAUAUCAUAUUAUACCCCAAGUAUUUCUUUUUAAUCAUAUAAUGUGUUUGUAUUGGGUAUUUUAAAUAUUACUAAUUUUAGGGUGUUUUGGAUUCUUCAAUAAAAAUUACAAACGAACCGCCAACCGGAAUGAUGGCAAAUUUGCAUAAAGCUUUAGAUAACUUUAACCAAGAUACACUGGAAAUGUGUUCAAAAGAAGCGGAAUUCAAAACAAUUUUAUUCAGCUUGUGUUAUUUCCACGCUUCCAUACAGGAAAGAUCGAAGUUUGGCGCUCAAGGAUGGAACAGAUCGUAUCCAUUCAAUGUAGGUGAUCUAACGAUUUCCGUGAACGUUUUAUACAACUAUCUAGAAGCAAACAAUAAAGUUCCAUGGGAAGAUCUCAGAUAUCUGUUUGGAGAGAUCAUGUACGGUGGACACAUUACUGAUGAUUGGGAUAGAAAACUAUGUAGAACAUACCUGGAAGUCUAUAUGAAUCCAGAUCUGGUAUUAUAUUUAUUUGGAAUUACAAUUUAAUGAAAUAUAAUUGCAUUUGAUUUAAUUUUCAUUCAACUAAAUUAUAGAUGGAAGGAGAACUUUCAUUUUCUCCUGGAUUUUUAGUCCCUCCGAAUAUAGACUAUAGGUCGUAUCACCAAUAUAUAGACAAUUUAUUACCUCCUGAAAGUCCAUCAUUAUACGGACUUCAUCCAAACGCUGAGAUCGGUACACUCACUACGAGGUCUCAAAACUUAUUCCAAACUCUAAUGGAAAUGCAGCCUAGAGACGCAGGUGCAUCAAGUGGAGGAGGAGUAUCUAGGGAUGAAAAAGUAAAUUAAACACUAUUCGUGUAUGAAAUCGCAAUGCUUUUGAUUCAUUAUUUAAUAUCAAUGGAUAUUGUGUGAUAUAUUUUCUGCAGGUAAGCACAGCUUUGAGUGAAAUCCUUGAUAAUUUACCAGAUCCGUUUAACCUACAAGAUAUGAUGUCUAAAGCUGAAUCUUUGACUCCAUACGUCAUUGUGUCAUUCCAAGAGUGUGAGCGAAUGAACACGUUAAUGAAUGAAAUCAGACGAUCUUUAAAAGAAUUAUUCUUAGGGCUAAAGGUAAUUUAUAUAAAUAGCGCAGAAUAUAUUUUAAACUAUUCUUAAUAAUUGAAUACAGUAUGUAUGUUUCUUGAAAUAGAUUAAUUACAUCAUUAUUUCGUAAACUAUAGGGUGAACUUACGAUAACAGCAGGUAUGGAGGCAUUAGAAGAAUGUUUAUUUAUGGACAAAGUACCGCCAAGCUGGGAGAAACGUGCUUACCCGUCGUUAUUGCCUUUAGGCGCCUGGCAUGUAGAUUUAAUGAAGCGAUUGCAAUGUUUAGAGUCUUGGGUUGAGGAGUUCAAAGUAAUCUAUAUUAUACUUAAUUUGUUAUAAUGACAAUUUUAAUACAAAUUAUUUGUAUUAAUAUGGACAUAAUAAUGAAUUGUAUUGAUUUAGCUUCCAUCGUCCGUUUGGUUAGGAGGAUUUUUUAAUCCGCAAUCGUUUUUAACUGCAAUAAUGCAGAGCACAGCGCGAAAAAUGGAAUGGCCACUAGACAAGAUGUGUCUGCAAUGUGACGUGACAAAAAAAUUUAAACAAGAAAUCACGUGAGUGGAAUAAUAAUAAUAAUAUGAAAAAUUUUAAAAACUUAUUAGGUAUGGUUUAAAAUAAUUAAAGAAUUCCUGCAUGGUUUUUUUUUUUUUUUUAGAGCUGCACCUAGAGAAGGUGCGAUGAUUUCUGGACUCAUUCUUGAAGGCGCUCGUUGGGACAUGAAUAUAGGUNCGAAAAAUGGAAUGGCCACUAGACAAGAUGUGUCUGCAAUGUGACGUGACAAAAAAAUUUAAACAAGAUAUCACGUGAGUGGAAUAAUAAUAAUAUGAAAAAUAUUAAAAACUUAUUAGGUAUGGUUUAAAAUAAUUAAAGAAUUCCUGCAUGGUUUUUUUUAGAGCUGCACCUAGAGAAGGUGCGAUGAUUUCUGGACUCAUUCUUGAAGGCGCUCGUUGGGACAUGAAUAUAGGUUGUAUUGUUGAUUCGAUCAUGAAAGAUUUAUUCCCGGAAAUGCCAGUCAUACAUGUAAAAGCUAUUAUCAAGGACAAACAGGACACGAGGAAUGUAUACGAAUGUCCAGUAUACAAGAUAAAACAAAGAGGUCCAACUUACGUGUGGACGUUUAAUCUAAAAACGCGACAAGCCGCUUCGAAAUGGGUGCUAGCUGGUGUAGCAAUAUUACUCAGCGUCUAG